UCAAAGCAGACAAAAGGAGAAGUCAGAUAUGAGACUCAAAAUUUCAAGAAGAGCAUUUUAAUUGAUCUUUCUUAUUCUUCUCUUCUCUAGAUCAUAUCAAUUGUAUCGCCAUGUCUUUAGAAUCAUUACACACUACUGAGUUAGAUAACAUCUUGCCGCUUGUUGCCAGAGGUAAAGUGAGAGAUAUCUACGAAGUUGAUGCUAAUACUCUUCUUUUCGUUGCAACCGAUAGAAUAUCUGCUUAUGAUGUUAUUAUGGAGAAUGGUAUUUCUUCCAAAGGUAAGAUUUUGACUAAAUUGUCUGAGUUUUGGUUUGACUUCUUAUCUUCUGAUAUUCAAAAUCAUUUGAUCUUACCAAAUAAUGAUGAUGAACACUUAUUUGCAAAAUUACCAGAAAAAUUAAGUGAAGCUAAAUACAAAAAACAGUUAUCUGGUAGAUCUUUAUUGGUUAGAAAAUUGAAGUUGAUUCCGUUAGAGGUCAUUGUUAGAGGUUACAUCACUGGUUCUGCUUGGAAAGAAUAUAAAAACCAUCAAACUGUCCAUGGUUUAUCCAUUGAACAACAAGAUUUACAAGAAUCUCAAGAAUUUACUAAACCUAUAUUUACUCCUUCUACCAAAGCCGAACAAGGUGAGCAUGACGAAAAUAUCUCUCCAGAAAAAGCAGCUGAGAUUGUUGGUAAGGAAUUGUGUGAUAAAUUAGCAGAAAAAGCUGUUCAAUUAUAUUCUAAAGCUAAAGAAUAUGCUAAGACUAAAGGUAUUAUUAUAGCCGAUACUAAAUUUGAAUUUGGUCUUGAUGAAAAUAAUGACCUUGUUUUGGUUGAUGAAGUUUUAACUCCGGACUCUUCCAGAUUUUGGAAUCUUGCCAAUUACAAAAUUGGUCAAUCUCAAGAUUCUUACGAUAAACAAUUCUUAAGAGAUUGGUUAACUUCUAACGGCUUGAAUGGUAAAGACGGCGUUUCUAUGGAUAAGGACAUUAUCGUUAGAUCUAAAGAAAAGUAUAUCGAAGCUUAUGAAGCUUUAACUGGUAACAAGUGGUCUGACUAAUUGGAAUAAGAAAUUAACUAAUUCAUUCUGUAUAUUAAUGAUAUC